UCGGCGGCACCGUACGGCACACGAUGCUGAAUUUCGUGUUCUGCUUUGUACAGGUGUUCCUGUGGUUACCUGGAUCCGCCCAUGACUGUUCCUUGCCACCGGCUGACUACACAUCCCGUCCAUGUACAGAGUCACCAACAGCAUUGUGUCUGCACAAUCACGUGUGGUCUACUGAUGCAUCCGUUUUCCCACCGAAAGCACCGCCGCAAGAGGACAACUGCGCAGGGCUGCCCAAACUGGACAUCUCGUUCUGCGCACGACCCAGGCGAAUUACGUCAUCAGAUGGGCAUAAAAAGACGGAUCGACCGGCUGCACCUUUCAGUGGACUCGGCGGCACCGUACGGCACACGAUGCUGAAUUUCGUGUUCUGCUUUGUACAGGUGUUCCUGUGGUUACCUGGAUCCGCCCAUGACUGUUCCUUGCCACCGGCUGACUACACAUCCCGUCCAUGUACAGAGUCACCAACAGCAUUGUGUCUGCACAAUCACGUGUGGUCUACUGAUGCAUCCGUUUUCCCACCGAAAGCACCGCCGCAAGAGGACAACUGCGCAGGGCUGCCCAAACUGGACAUCUCGUUCUGCGCACGACCCAGGCGAAUUACGUCAUCAGAUGGGCAGAAAAAGACGGAUCGACCGGCUGCACCUUUCAGUGGACUCGGCAGCACCGUACGGCACACGAUGCUGAAUUUCGUGUUCUGCUUUGUACAGGUGUUCCUGUGGUUACCUGGAUCCGCCCAUGACUGUUCCUUGCCACCGGCUGACUACACAUCCCGUCCAUGUACAGAGUCACCAACAGCAUUGUGUCUGCACAAUCACGUGUGGUCUACUGAUGCAUCCGUUUUCCCACCGAAAGCACCGCCGCAAGAGGACAACUGCGCAGGGCUGCCCAAACUGGACAUCUCGUUCUGCGCACGACCCAGGCGAAUUACGUCAUCAGAUGGGCAUAAAAAGACGGAUCGACCGGCUGCACCUUUCAGUGGACUCGGCGGCACCGUACGGCACACGAUGCUGAAUUUCGUGUUCUGCUUUGUACAGGUCUGGCAUUGUCCGUGCAAUUCCUGGAAGGCAGAGCGGGAGUCGAAUGCACUCAAGCAGCGAAGGGUACAGCGCAUCCUGGCGGCGGCGACUGAACUACACCACAUCCGAAUUUAUGUGCUGUGCAGCCGGCAGAAUCCCCACGCCUCCCUCCUUUCGUCAGCGCGUAGUAGCGGAACCUGUCUGCGUGCUGCGAGUGCAGGUGUCGUCGCCGCAAGGUCAGUGUGCAACUAUGAAAGACGGCCGACAGUGUCGCAUCUGGUCGCUGCUCUCCUGUGCUUGAGUCGCACAGGUGAAGGACAGGACUGGUGUUCUGCAUUUGCGCGAUGGACACCACACGACGCUGGUGGACAUCUAUAUCGAGAAGGAAGCGGUUCUUUCAUUCCAAAUGCCUUUUUAUACGCAACGUUGAUGUCUAUUGAUUGCGUUCUUAUUUUGUGAAAGUCGCUCUGCGAAGAGGGGCGUCCUGAGUUUGUGACGAUGAAAAUGAUUUCCUUCGUAGAAUGCAAAAACUCACUGCGGCAGACUAUUAACCAGCUACUAUACCAAAAAUGAAAAAUAACGGUGUAAGAGACACUGAUAAUUCAACGAAAGCAAAUGGGGUCGACGAAUGCGGUCGUCACUCUUGUUCUGCCUGAGUGUAGCUUGUUCUUGGGGGCACCGGUGCACUCAAUGAAGAGCUAGUUUUGAGACUAUAGCCGUUCUGCUACGUUCGGAUUCUUCACCGUCGGGACAACAGAGCAGUGUUUCUGUGUCUUGUCGUCCGUUCUUGUCUGGCACCACCUGCCUUAUUGCUUAUAAAAGAAGCAUGCAGUAAAUAAUUCGAACAAUAUAGCGUUAUAACACAAAGCACCGAUUUUAUAGUAGAAUACAAUUUCAGUGCCCCCACAAAAGGACCCUACAUAACCGUCGAGGCACUCAAAAAGCAAAGUUUAUGUACAAUACUCAAAGAAGAAUGUGGGUUUCCACACAGGCAAUAAAUUACACGCGUGGACAACUUCAACAAUGGAAGUGUAAAGCAUACAACCUCCAAAAUUUUCCAUAUUAUCGCACAAACAUGCCAUGUAAUGUGCCAUUGUUCAUGACAAGCAAAAAAUCGGCGCUUUAGAAUGAUGUCAACCGACGAGGUUGGCAGUGGGACAGAAUAUUUAGAGGCGACGGAUCGACCGACAUGACUUCGGCCUAUCGCAAUCGCAAUGGAUGUCGUAUAGACGAUGAAACAGAUGAACCUUCAACACUUCAAAUGUCGUUCGUGCGGACCACGUGGAGCCGACCACUCAUUCAUAAGAUAGCGUCAUAGACGCAGCCCGAUUACGUCGCCGUGCUUACAGUCGCUUAGGUGAUAAUAAAUAUCUAUGAUUAACAGACUUUUCAACCUCACUUGCAUGAGUCAGCCGUCGCCAGCCGCACGCACCGAGUCAGAUUCGACAUUGUUAGCUUGCAAUGAAAUACAGGUUUUGCUACAUGCGAACGGCUGCGUGUAGGUUCAAAAAUAAUCAAUACGGUCGAGGAAGAUGCCUCUCACUUUGCCAAAACACACAGCUUCUUUUGUUCUGUCAAUGGAACAACACCGUUACCUAUAUCAGAACCCAGGUACGUUUAAUGAGUGACUUCAGGCAUACGGUAACACUAUUCAUGUUCCACCGUCUGUUCGGGCAUGAUAUGUACCUUUUUAUUUACUACAAUGAGCUGAGUAUAGAGAGUGUUACCCGUCCUUGCGUCUUUCCUGUUCUCUUAUUUUCGCUAAUUCUGUUAAGCUCUGGAAAUGCAUGAAACUAGGUGCAAAACUGCGAAAAGUUGAGCGCUUUCCAUAUUCAUCCCACUGUUUAACACUUCAAAUUUCUGUCUUCCUGUUAAACCUCUGUCUUAUUUCAACAAAGAAAUGGGCCAUUUUUCAAACAAGUAUAAGUCGUGAUGCUGUUCAAAGCUUCAAUCUCACUUUAACGGAAAAAAAUGUUUUGGACAGCUAUACUGAGUGAGAAAUUAUUCAGCAGUACCAUUCACUGUUGUAACUUUAAAAUUUAAUGGUCUCAGCGGAUCUGAUAUCCUCAGAUACCGUUAUCUUUUUUUCCCGACAGAUUCCUUCACAUAAUAUAGGUUGGCAGGAGAGCUAGCGAACUACAUCAUACUUGUUGCAACAAUCAAAAGUGAAGUUUGGCAGCAAUGACUGAAAGAAAAAAAAAAGCUUUCCACAAUGUUUCUGAAAUUCCUCCAAGAAAGCUGCUACACUAAUUAAUGCACCACCACCCCUACAUAGAAUAAUUA